ACAGUGCCCGACCGGUUCCAAACACCGUUAUCAUACACCGACGCACAGAGAGUAGACAGUGGUGCCGCAGAAAAUACACGAACCAUACAUUAUCUGUGAAUAUAAAACAUUUAUAAAUUAUCUGAGCAACUGUUUAGUGACAAUAUACCAAUGGCUGCCAGAGUUGUGUUGGUGUUGGCGUUGAUCAACUGUGUCAGCACAAGACAGUUGCCUAGUGAUUACAUCGUAAACAAGUCACUGCAAUCAGCGUACCGGCUGGUCUACCAGUCCAAGACCUGGCCAGUCGCUCGCGACAGAUGCGAGGACCAGGGUGGACAUCUCGCUGUUCCUGACACUCAGGAAGAGUUUGAGUUCCUGCAGAAGCUGGUCCGAGGUAUGCACUACCCCAGUAUCGUAAACCGGGACGUGGCGCUCGUCGUAUGGCUCGGUAUCAACAAUCUCGAUGACUACAGGAUAUGGAAGAACAUAUUCGGUCAAAACAUAAAAGAUUCCAGUUUUUCGACAUGGUCGGGAGAUAACGGACAAGGAUUUAGUGACGAUCCUGAGGAGCCCCACUGCGCCGCGAUAGAUCCCAUCAACCCUGGUCUCCGAGACUACUGGUGCCAUCGACGACAGCCCUACUUAUGUGAAAUAAAUAUUAACGAAAUCUAAA